AUGGGCAACCAUCGAGGAGGCACACGUCGUAAGAAGACUGACUCGCCAGCUCACAUGCAGCUCCGACACCGGGAUGCACCUCAGCGGCCAGAGCCAAAAUCGCCUACACCUUCAUCUGCUUCGACCAACACCGAAGAUAGCCUCAGUACUGAUUCAUCUUCAGACUCAUUUUCUCCUGAAUCAAUGAAACAUACAGAAGACGCGAAUAACACUCGACGAUUCUAUAAAGGAAUCAAAAACAAGAAUACCUCCCAUCAUACUCAAUCCAGAUCAAUGGAAAACCAGUGCUCCAAAAAUCAUGCCUAA